AUGUGUGAGAGGCAGAUCACUGUGCCAGAUAAUUCUCUACUAUACUGCAGUGAAAGCUGCCGUCGAAAGGAUUCGCACAAGCCACUGUUGGCGUCCGUUCCGUCGACAGCCGCCAUGUCUUACUCUUCCUCCCCCCCAACCUCUCCUCCCAUGUCUCCUCGAAUCAUUGUGGCCCCAAGGAUUCCCACCAGAGUUCCCACCAAGUCCACCGCAGCCAUCCGCAUACCCACAGAGCUCCAGGACUCCAGAGUAGAUCAGGAUCCCUCCGAAUGGAAGCCGGUAAUACCUGCGACCCCUGGUUUCAGUACCACGGGGUCGCUGGCGUCCUCGGAGGCAUGGAACUAUCUCUCUCAAUUUCACGGCCAAGAAUCCUCCUCUCCAAACCGUCGCUAUGGUGCCGGCCACCGCAGCUCGUCCAGUCUUUCGACGCUCAUGAGCGCCACGGCGCCUCUGCCGUCUCUGAUCCACACCCCAUCCACCACGGCCUCGUCCGUCAGCAGCAAUGCGUCCGACUACAUGAGUUACGCGUACGAAGCGUCCUAUCGCCCGCUGCCUCCCCGCCACAAUCCCUACUUCUCCAGUGGUGCCGCUGCCACCAAGGGCGUGGAGCUGGUGGUUCCUCAUGUGGUCACGCCCGCUGGUGCGGUCACCGCCGUCGACAUGUCCGAUAGCGGUUCGAUCUUCCCCGCCAGCAGCUCCCUCUGGAACGAGGCUGCCACGGCGAAGGUGUCCACUGUGAUGGAGCGUAAGGCUCCAAGUACUCUCGACUUGCCCAUGAGUCUGAGAGACCCCUCCAAGGGUAUGCGAUCUGGGUCUUGA